AUGAUUUUUUUAUUAUCUCUUCGCUACAUUACAUUCGAAACAGCGAUAACAGCUCAAAAGGAUGAUUACGAGAUAGUGUGCUGCAGAUUUAUAAAUACAAAUAAUAAAGAAAGUGGUGGAGCAAUUAGUGAUACACGAAUUGCAUCGAAACUUUUCAUAGAAGGCACAAUUUUUGAUAAUUGUACAUCAAAUAUGAAUGGGGGAGCUAUCUACUCAAACAAUUAUCAGUGCCAAGAAAAAAAUACUUUCACGAAUUGCUUAGCUUUUGGAGAUGGCCACGUAUCGUAUACAUUGUCGAAUCAAGAUUACAUGUUAACAUCAGAGUGUGUUGCAGUUUCAUGUCCAAAGCAAACAAGAAUUUCAGACGGAAGUACUUUUUAUUUUCUUAGCUCUGACAACUAUUUAUCAUUAUGCAAUAUAUCUAAAUGCUCGUCAAAAUCAAAAUCAGGAGGUUUUUACCUCUCAACACCACGAAAUACAAUUAUUGAAUAUUCAAUCUUGGAUAAUUGCGAAGGGCAACACAUAUUUUAUCAGUCGACAACUGCAGUACAAUCAAAAUUUAACUUUUCAAUUAUAAUUAACAACUUAAAAAUCAAUUCAACUCUAUUUUUCAUCCAAUCUCCAUUAGUUGUCGAAUCAUCAUACUUUUACAAUAAUAUCAAACAUAUUUGCGGCAGCUAUCUUACAGAAAGAGAAAAAUUAACACUUAGAAAUUGCUCAAUUCCAAAUUUAGAUGAAAUUCCAGAUAUUUUUACAAAAGUUGACUGCAUCGAAGCUUCAUAUUCGAUUAUCAAUGAAAGAACAAUCGAUUACAUCUCAUAUUGUGCAACAAGUGAAGAUAAUUCAACAAAUUCAACAACUCUACACUCGAGCUCAGUAGGAAAGGUUCUCAUUCUCAUUUAUGCAGUGGCAGCCAUCAUCACUGCAGUUGUUAUCCACCAUUGCAUCAAAAGAGCAAGAAGAAAUCGCGGAAUUGAGGAUGAAAUGAAUUUGGAGAUGAUAAGAGACGGCGAAAUUGUCAUAUUGGAUGUGGAUGAAAACCAAAACAAAGAUCAAGAUCAAAACAACUCUCCAUUACCAGAAGAAAAUUAA